AUGAUUCCCCUCUUUUUCCUCGUUUUCCUCGUUCCCAUCUCGGCGGCUCCGUGCCGAAUGUCUCCGUUGACGAAGUACCUUUCCGAUUAUGAGCAGGUUCGUUUCCCAACGAAUUCCUUGAAAAAUAUCCAUCCGGAGGAUUGAUGUUCGUUCUUUUCUAACGUUUUUCAUCGGACACUUUCAACAAAAGUCUGGAAUUUCGCUCUACCGCACUUCACGUGAACUAGUUACCGCGUCCGAGAGUUUUCUCCAGCUGUUUUCUCCAGUUUUUGCGCGACGAGCGAAGAUUCAGCAAUUUCUCGUGGUAGAGCGCGAUUGCAAAAAGUCUUCGGUGUUUGUAGAAGUUUUAUAAUAUUUCCAGCAAACUCUGCACAAACUGAUAGUCACCGCUCGGAACGCGGGGGCGGACGAAGAAAUGGUCCGCGAAAGCAUGGACGAGUACCUUGCUCAAGUGCUUUCCCCGGAGAAACUGCUGGAAUUCAAGGCGGAUCACGACGAAUUCGAGGCGCAGAGAAGGGGAAAACGGUCGAAUGAGGACAGCGAGAGGAAGCAGGAACCGAAGAAAGUGUUCGAUAUAAUCGAUCAGUUCACAAGCGAUUAUCAAAAGUUCUACGAGGAACCCACAGCUGUUCGCAAUCGGAAUAAUCUAAAUUGA